ACGGUACGGGUAUGACGUGUCUAAGAUGCUCCUUUUCGCCGCUCUCAUAGCUGCCCUUUCAGUUACCGCAUUGUCUUCUCAAUUUCAUGAUCUCAGACAGCAACUAACAGAAGAGGAAUGGCUGACUUUGAUAGGGCAAGAGGAAACAGGAGCCUUGUAUGACAUUGUCCACCCGGUACUGCCGUCCCGUCACCGCCGCACUCCCACCACUCCACACCAGCUGCUCUUGGAUGCUCCUGUACUCCAGAAACAGUUCACCCUGGACCUCCAACCAGCAACUUCUCUCCUGGACCCAAGGUUUGCGCUGGUCAGCCGCUGGGGCAACCGGUCAGAGCAGCUACCCAUGGACCUGGUAGAGACGGACUGUUACUUCACCAGUGAAGGGGAGGAGAGGGCAGCAGUCAGCGUCUGUGGAGGGGUGAGAGGAGUAAUUAAACCACCAGGAGAUGAGUACUAUGUGAUAAACCCACUGCCAAAGAGGUUCACCAAAAGGUCGUCUGACCGAUCUUCUUCUUCUCCUCAUGUGAUAGUCCGUAAACACAUCAGUCAUUUCCACACGGACCUAAACAGAGUGAGAUCUUCUAGUCUGAACAACGGAGACUCGUUUUGUGGAGUGAGAUCGGAGGCAGUGCCUAUCCAUAACACAGGACGUGUGAGGCGAGCAAUUAACUCACCUGUUCAUGUAGAGACUGCUGUCUUUGUAGACAGUGACAUGUUCAACCUCAUGUCCAACAACUUCCCCACUGACACAGAGCGAGAGGUCGUCCGGUUUGUGUUAGCUAUGGUUAAUGCUGUGCAACUGUUAUACCACGAUCCGUCAUUAGGACAGCCAGUUACAUUUGUGAUGAAGCGUUUAGAGAUCCUACACACAGACCCGAGUGGCUUGGUCCGCUACCACGACAUUGACAAGUUCCUUGGUAACUUCUGUGCAUGGCAAAGGGAGGAGAACCCCGUAGAUGAUGCAGAUCCUCUGCAUUGGGACCAUGCUCUCAUACUCACUGGGCUUGACUUGUUUGUACGCAGCAAGAACGGAAAGUUCAGCAGCCAGGUCGUAGGCCUAGCACCAGUAGCUGGUAUGUGUACCCCCACCAGCAGCUGUACAGUCAACGAGGGAAGACAUUUUGAGAGUGUCUACGUUGUGGCACAUGAAAUAGGACAUAAUCUAGGCAUGAGACAUGACGGCCCUCUAGCAGACAACAACUGUGACCCGACCAGCUACCUCAUGUCCCCCACCCUGGGCAGUGGCAAGAUAACAUGGUCUGAGUGUAGCAGACAUUACCUACUACAGUUUCUCAGGAGCCCACAGUCUCACUGCCUCAUGGAUCAUAAUGACCAAAGCCAACUUGAUCAUUCUAGCCACGGAGCUCUGCCUGGAGAGAGGUUCGAUGCUGAUCAGCAAUGUAUGUUGAAGUACGGAGCUGGAAGCAGACAUGCGUCUUCACAGCCUUUACAUGACCUAUGCCGAGAUCUCCACUGCCAUCGUGAUAGAUACACAUGGACCUCCCAUCCAGCUCUGGAAGGUACAACUUGUGGCACUAACAAGUGGUGCCGCAGUGGACGCUGUGUGCCCCGCAGUCUGUCCCAGCUGCAGGCGGGCCCAGUGUCAGGACAGUGGGGGCCCUGGGGGCCGUACUCGGAGUGUGCGUCCGGCUGUCUGCAGGGGGAGCCUAGUGGGCUGGGCCAAGGCAGCACAGGCAUCAUGUUUGCAUACAGGCAAUGUAACAGCCCACGACCAGAAAAUGGAGGAAGUGGAUGCGAUGGAAGUGACAGAAAGUAUCGCACUUGUCUUACAAACCAGUGUGAGAACAUACCCAGGACGACUGUGAGAGACUUUGCUGACGAGGUUUGCCUAAGAGCUCGUGAUGUGGACAGUGAGUUAGUUGGUACAGGACUACAGAAGAUCAGUACUAACCCGGAGGAGGCGUGCACAGUUUGGUGUUACAAGCGCAACGGAGGCUCCAAGAGUAGAGGCUGGACGUUCCCAGAUGGUACAGCUUGUCACACUCACCCUAGCAAACAGGCCAUGUACUGCAUCAGUGGCGUCUGUCAGGAGUUCAGUUGUGAGAGAGGAGGAGAAGACAGCCACAUGCUACUCUCCAGCGAGAUGUGUCAAGUGUCUCGAGGCAAGAGACGGGAGGUAGCUGUAGGAGUUUGGCAGCCAAUCAGUGACUGCUACUACAACUGUGUGUCUCCUGGCAGUGGAGUAAGGCUAGUGGAGCGCAGGUCUUGUCAUCAGUGUAACUCUACAGCGAGCAUCCAGCUGUGUAAGCAGGACACUAUGGUAUGCGGCAAAGUGAAAUCAACGCUGGAGUACGCAACUGUGAUCUGCACCCGGUACAGUGAGAGGGUACGUCGACUGUCUGGUAUGGGGAUGCAACUUUCACCUGUAGUAGAGGACCCAGACCGAGCAUGUCGUAUAGCUUGUCAGGAUGAGACUGUACUACAUCGCUUCUACUUGGUGAAUGGAGAGGACGGAUGGUUUCCUUUUGGCACGGACUGUACCAAGGGAGACACUACCAAAAAGGCAUUCUGUAUACGAGGGAAAUGCUUGGAGUUUGGUUCGGACGACACUCCGCUCCAUGAGUCAGAGUACAUUCUUCCCUCUACAGCUCGUGUGCCGGGGAGACAUCGGAGAAGCUACGACCAUUCCGUCACCAUCACUGCAACAUUGGACAACCAGACAUUGGCGGAGAUGGUGCAGUACGUUAACAGAACAGGAGGCCAAGCAACACGUUUUAUUGCUAAUAGAACUGAAGUUCUUGAUUUCAACAAUCCGGUGGUUGCAGAUAUAUCGGAAUGGCUAAAGCUCAAUGACAUUGACUCAAGUUUUUCUUUAUAGGGCUGUGCUCAAAAUGUACAUACUGUGUUGUGAUAUAAAUGUUUUUCCUUAUUUGCUAA